CUUAAAGAAACGUUGAUUUGUGUAAAAGUUUUCUUAAAAUUUAAUCAUUAAAUUGAUUGCCAAAUAAAAAAACAUAUUUAUUAUUAUAUGUGUUUCAAAACAAAGUCUUUCAUUUAAUUUAAUUGAAUACCUGUUAAGAGAUGUCCACAAAAAUGACAGCCAAUAACGGAGAGCAGGAAAAGCUCCUCUUAGAGCCGUACAACUAUUUGCUACAAUGCGGUGGUAAACAGAUCCGCACAAAACUCAUUCACGCAUUCAACCAUUGGUUUCAAAUACCGGACCAAAAGUUGACGAAAAUCAGUGAAAUCGUUGAGAUGUUACACAACGCGAGUCUUCUCAUCGAUGACAUCGAAGACAACUCUAUUCUUCGCCGAGGAAUACCAGUCGCGCAUAACAUCUAUGGCAUCGCUUCCACUAUUAAUUCCGCUAAUUAUGUCUACUUUUUGAGUCUCGAGAAGACCAUUAAAGAGUUACCCAAAGAAUUGGUUUCGGACGCCGUUCUCAUAUUUACGGAACAGCUCUUAGAGCUCCACAGAGGACAAGGAAUGGAUAUCUAUUGGAGGGAUUCCUUCACGUGUCCGACAGAAGAGCAGUACUUAGAUAUGAUUAGACGAAAAACUGGUGGACUUUUCGGACUGGGAGUCAAACUCAUGCAACUUUUCAGCGCCGAUAAGCGGGACUACAGUCAAGUAAUUAGCUUUUUGGGCACAUAUUUUCAAAUCAGAGACGAUUACGCUAAUCUAAAAUCACUUGAGUACGAAGAGAACAAAAGUUACUGCGAGGACUUGACUGAAGGCAAGUUUUCGUUCCCAAUCGUUCACGCGAUACACACCCACCCCAAGGACUCAACCAUCAUGAAUAUCUUACGCCAGCGAACGAAAAACGUUGAGCUGAAGAAAUACGCGGUCCAGAAGUUGGAUUCGUUCGGAUCUUUUGAUUACACGUUGAAAACGUUGGAAGAGAUCGGAGCGAAGACACGCCUGGAAUUGGAAUCGCUGGGAGGGAAUCCACAUCUUUCACAACUCUUAGACUAUCUUAAAAUCAUUUGAAUCGCACAUCCAAUACAUUGAAUACUGUUUUUUUAUUAUUAAAUUAUUUUUUGGACAAAUAUUUUUUAUACAUUUAAUUCGAGAUGUGUUUUAAUAAAUUUGUUUUGUGAUUGACAUCAAAGAAAUAAAACUACAAAACUAUUUGUUGAUAAAUUACAAGUAA